AUGUGGCAUCAGUCAAUGGGCUUGACAAUGAGGAAGAUAUGCGGUGAGCUUGAGUGCCCCGAGUACUACAUGUGCCAGAGCCACGAUCUCCAGUGUUACCCGUGUCAUUCGUACUGCAACCAGUCAUCGCACAACUUCGACGCCCAUAUAUGCGAACGGCAGUGCCAAGAUUACAUACAUGACUACAUUAAGCAUUACGUUAAAGCUGAGGAAAUCCAAGAUUCACUUCAGGAAAAGGAGAUCCUGCAGUUUUUGUUGAUUUGUGUUAUGGUGUUGAUAAUCAUUACGCUCGUCUUAAUAUCUAUCAUGACGGUGCUUAUAUGUAACCGCAAGAGGUUAGUGUGGACGAUUGAGAACGAAGGCGAAAUUUCAUCUUUAACAAAUAAAACGGACUUUUCAAAGCUAAAAGAUAAUGAGGUGAGCUUGGAGAACGAGACUGUGGACAACCCGAUGACGAUGAUGGCCGUGCCGACCAGAUACAUGACUCCCUCGUCAUCGAACAAGUUUCCCUGCGAGGAUAUCACACUUGAGACCCAGGAUUUUACCGGGUAUGACAACCUAGGGAUGUGGAAAGUAUCCCCCGAACUCUGUAGCAAACUGUAA